ACUCACUGAAAAAUCGAGCUCACGAUCACGACGAACUCGAAAGAAAAAUAGAAAUGAGCUUCAUCACUACUCCCAUAGAAACCCUACACCUAAAAUCAACACAUCGUCUUCUACCACGAGGUUUCCCUGCUGCUUAUCGAAGUCAACGGAUUCAAGUUUUCCCGCUCAGCACCUUCUCCAACUCUUCUCUGACUUCUCCAGUUCGCAUUGAGUCGAUUUCUCAAGGUGGCGGAUCGAGAUAUUUGUGGCGUAGAUAUGCAUCCGACAAGUUCUCAGAUAUGGGUUUGGAUCAUGGAGCUGAUUCCGACAAGAUGUAUAAUGAGAAGGCUUCUAUAAUGGAAACACUGAAGAAAGCAAACUCAAUUCUUCCUCAAGUAGUGUUGGCGAGUACAGUAUUAGCUCUUCUUUAUCCACCUUCUUUCACAUGGUUUACGUCGAGGUACUUCGUGCCGGCUCUAGGGUUCUUGAUGUUUGCGGUUGGUAUCAAUUCAAACGAGAAAGACUUUCUCGAAGCCUUCAAAAGACCCAAAGCUAUUCUCCUUGGUUAUAUUGGACAGUAUCUCAUAAAGCCUAUCCUAGGUUUCAUCUUUGGCUUAGCUGCUGUUUCUCUUUUCCAGCUCCCAACUCCAAUAGGUGCUGGAAUCAUGUUGGUUUCAUGUGUUAGUGGAGCUCAGCUAUCAAACUACGCGACUUUCCUUACGGAUCCAGCUUUGGCGCCACUUAGCAUCGUCAUGACAUCUCUAUCGACAGCUACUGCAGUUCUUGUCACUCCUAUGCUAUCACUCUUGCUCAUCGGGAAGAAACUACCAGUUGAUGUAAAAGGAAUGAUAUCGAGCAUUCUCCAGGUCGUGAUCGCACCAAUCGCUGCGGGAUUGCUACUAAACAAGUUGUUCCCAAAAGUAUCCAAUGCAAUCAGACCGUUUCUCCCGGUUCUAUCGGUUCUUGACACGGCCUGCUGCGUUGGAGCACCACUCGCGUUGAACAUAAGCUCUGUCAUGUCUCCUUUUGGAGCGGCCAUUUUGUUGCUAGUAACAUUGUUUCAUCUCUCAGCUUUCUUAGCUGGAUACUUCCUUACUGGUUCCGUCUUUCGAAACGCUCCAGACGGUAAAGCCAUGCAAAGAACACUGUCCUAUGAAACUGGAAUGCAGAGUAGUCUUUUGGCUCUAGCGCUUGCGACCAAGUUCUUUCAAGAUCCUCUUGUUGGGAUUCCUCCAGCAAUUUCUACGGUGGUAAUGUCAUUGAUGGGAUUCACACUCAGCCGUUCAUCUUCUCCUCUCGUAACUCGGAUCCAGAGCCGUAGCUUAAUCCAUGACCCGAUUUCUCUGUCGGGUCUUGUCGGAACCGGUUUGGUGGCGGCGGCGUUCGUCGCGGCGGGACCAGAUUCUACUGCUAUGGCAGCGGUUGAUUCUCUUCAGCUAAGCGAACCAGCUAAUGCUUUGUCUUUACCCACUUGGGCCGUUCAUGUUUCCAGCGUUGUUGAAUGGAUUACGGCGAUGGCGUUAGUGUGGAAAUAUGGAGAAAGAAAGGGUAACGAGUCAUGGAAAGGUCUCUCAUGGGGAAUGGUGCCUUUGCUUGGUGGAGCUCUCUGCGCAUGCACAUGGCAUUUCUUUUACAAUGCUGAAUCUCUUGAGGUGUUGGUCGCGCUUCAGGCAGCACUAACUGUGAUUGGUAAUAUCACUUUGUGCAUCGCUGCCUAUCGAAUCAACAAGUCGUCAUCCAAAAUGGAAAUCUCUGAAAAACCG